AUGGAUGUUGCGGCAGUUUCGCUGGUGAUAGAAGGAGUAGAAACUCCCGAAAUUACUACUGAUGAUUCUAAUUCUUCUACAGCUGCUGCUUGUAUUGAUGUUAUCGCUCCCACAACAAAUAGUCCAGUCUCCGGAAAAGACUUAAAAAAUUCAACAGAAGAAUUACUUCCAUCGCACACUAAUUCAGGAGAUAAAAUUAUUUUUGAGAGAAGUAUGGUAGAAUCAGAAAUUGAGCAGUCUUCAAGAACAGAAGCUGCAGGAAUGAUAGAUACAUGCGAAAAUGAGAAUAUUCUGGGGAAUAUGAAUACCGAUAAACAAGAAGCAGAUUUAUCUAUAUUAGCAUCUGAAACUGCAAAGAUUUUAGUAAUCAAUGAUGAUGCCUCAUCACCAGCGUCUGAGCAAAAUUCUGUUGGAAAGAAGAUGCCUGCUUCAGUUGAAGACAGUACUGGCCAUUUCAUUUCCAGCGAAUCUAGUAGAACUAAAGUUGAAUCGGAUGCAAAUUCAAUCCCUGCGGAUGCUAUUGGAGUAGAAUCCAGUUCUCUUGCAGGAAAAGAGGUGGAUAAAGCAAGUGACGAAAGAAUGAGAGGAACUGGUAGAGAAGCUGAAAAAGUUGAAACUGUUGAUGAUAAAGAAGAUGAUGAUGAGAAUCACUUUACAGAAACAAAUUUUGCCACGCAAAUUGAUGGUGCAUCUGAAGAUGACAUUAUUGAAAUCGAUACUGAAAAGAAAGAGGAGACAGAGGAGUUUCAAGAUGAAGAAGCAGAUGAUUAUUGUGAUGAGGAGCAAGAAGAAGAACCUGAUGACGAUGAAAUUGAAGGCAAUCCAGCGUACAUUCCGAAAUCUGGACGUUAUUAUAUGCACGACUCAAGAAAUAUCGAUGACGAACGUAUACAUGAACCAUCUUCACAUUCUAGAGCAGAUGGUAAAUGGAAACAUGAUCGAUUCGAUGAACGUACACAAAGGCCAAAAACUAAAAGAGAACUUAUGAACAAGUAUGGUUAUGAUAUACGUCAUGAGACUGACAGUAACGAGCUUAAUGGCACAAAUGGUUCGGUAUCCCAACCAAGGCGAGUUCGAAAUACUUCUCAGGGUAGAUAUGGUGGUAAUCGCGGCGGUGGAGGUCGAGGCAGACGUGAAGACCGACGACCCAUACAUAGAGGUGUAAGAAGAUCAUCAAGUCGUGGUGGUCAUCGAGGCGAACGCUAUCAAAGCCUAAGUCAACAACGAGACCAGCCCGGAACUAGGGUGUUCAAAAAUACACCUCCAUUUACCCAAAGAGGUAAUGUGAACCGUAGAAGCAAUCAUCGGUCACAUCAUCGGAAUGAAGAACAAAUACGUGAUAAACAACAGAACAAUGGGGGGAAUAGAGAAAGUGGCUUUAGUGCAGGUAACAGUGACGAUAUGGCAACUCGCGAAAGGGAUGCUACUGGGCAUACUGGUGGAAAGCGUUACUCUACUCAACGUUUGGCAACAAACUAUGUCCCACCGCCUACAGGACAACAACCACUAGCACCACCUCCACCACCGGGAACCGGUCCUAUUCCAAUGCUACCACCACCAGACUGGCAUCAACCAGCCUACCAAACCCAGCCACCAGCUACUGUUCCACCUCCACCAGCAACUCCAGCAGCAGCACCGCCACCUCCUAUUGCUGUAUCAGCUCCAGUGCACAACUUCCGCUCUAGUGAUAUUGUCUAUUUUGAUCCCCAACCUCAGCAGCUGUAUCGAACACCUAUUCCUCCCCGAGCCAAAAAACGAUUAGAAAUCGUACCACCACAACAGACCAAAAGUUCAAGCUAA